AAAUUCAUCUCUUUCUCUCUCCUCUAGCCCUUUACACUUUCCAAUUUAGAAACUCAAUAAACAAACACACAGAGCACAAAACCAGAGCAUCGAUGGCAUUGCCCUAGACUGAGGGAGAGGAGCUUCUGCUUUGCAUUUACUUUGCUUUCUGCAAUGGAUCCCUGCCCAUUCGUGCGGGUCACAGUGGGCAAUCUCGCUCUCAAGAUCCCAGUCGCUUCCAAGCCCGCCCGCUCCGUCGUCCACCCUUCGUCAUCACCAUGCUUCUGCAAGAUCAAGCUCAACAACCUACCCCCUCAAAACGCCGUCGUUCCCUGUCUCCCGCCGGAGGCCCAAACCCUCGACAGCGCCGCUCAGGCAAACGGCGUCGCCGCUACUUUCCACCUUAGCAAGUCGGAUCUGGACCGGGUCGGGUCCAAGUCCAUAUUCGCCCCCAAGCUCUGCCUCAAAAUCUCGAUAUACACGGGUCGCAGAGGCAGCACCUGCGGCGUCAAUUCCGGAAGGCUGUUGGGUCGGGUUUCCGUGCCGCUGGAUCUGGCGGGAACCGAGUCCAAGCCCAGUGUGUUCCACAACGGGUGGGUCUCCGUAGGGAAAGGCGUUCUCAAAGGCGUGUUCUCGGGCCAGACCCAGUUCCAUUUGAAUGUGAAGGCCGAACCCGACCCGAGAUUCGUUUUCCAGUUCGACGGAGAACCCGAAUGUAGUCCACAAGUAUUUCAGAUCCAAGGCAACAUUCGGCAGCCCGUCUUCACCUGCAAGUUCAGCUUCAGAAGCACCGGCGACCGAGGCACUCAAAGAUCCAGGUCUUUACAUUUGGACCACGGCAACUCUCGAAGCUGGUUAGGCUCGUUUGGGAGCGAGAGAGAGCGACCGGGGAAGGAGCGAAAGGGCUGGUCCAUAACGGUCCACGACCUCUCCGGCUCGCCCGUAGCCGCAGCCUCGAUGGUCACGCCCUUCGUGGCCUCACCCGGUUCGGACCGGGUCAGUCGGUCCAAUCCGGGAUCAUGGCUCAUCCUCCGACCCGGCGACAACACGUGGAAACCGUGGGGUCGCCUCGAGGCCUGGCGCGAAAGAGGCGGCUCCGAUGGCCUCGGGUACCGCUUCGAACUCAUUCCCGACACCAGCGGUGCCGGCAUUGUAUUGGCCGAGUCCACUCUCAGCUUAAACAAGGGCGGGAAAUUCGUACUGGAUCUGGGUUCGGGUUCGAGUUCCGGUACCCGACCCGGCCCAAACUCUCCGGGUUGCAGCCCGCGGGGCAGCGGGGAUUUCGGGUACGGGUUGUGGCCCUAUUGCUUGUACAGAGGUUUUGUGAUGUCGGCAAAGGUUGAGGGUGAGGGCAGGUGCAGCAAGCCUGCGGUGGAGGUGAGCGUGCAGCACGUGAACUGUACGGAGGACGCCGCGGCUUACGUGGCGUUGGCCGCAGCCGUUGAUCUGAGCAUGGAUGCCUGCAGGCUUUUCUCUCAACGGCUGAGGAAGGAGCUAUGUCCGGACUCGGAGCUGCUCCGAUGACUCGGAUAGGGCUACGUCGUCGUUUUAAUGGGAUUUGGUCCUUUCUUUUUUUAAUUUUUUAUGUUAUUCUGAGUUUGGUUGCUGGAGAACAAAAAACUAUUUUUAAUUACUACUAACAAACAGAGAGAGAGGAGAGAGGAGAGAGGAGAGAGAGAGAGCUGUGUAGUGUGUACAGUGAGAGGAGAGAGAGAGAGAGAUUAGGCAGGGCACGCUUUGUUUUUGCUCGUGUGACUUGUGUUUAAUUUUCCCUUUUAGUUUUUUAAAUGAAGGGCUUGCUUUAGUUGGAAUUUUUGUAGUCGCUGACUUGAACAAUAUUUUAUGUUACUUUAAUUUGGAUUAA